UCCUCCCGCAUGUCCAAUAUGUCGGCGCCCACUGGAAGUGUGAAUUGUGAGGAGUUCGCCGAGUUCCAGGAAUUACUCAAGGUGAUGAGGACGAUUGAUGACAGAAUAGUACAUGAAUUAAACACUACGGUUCCAACAGCUUCCUUUGCAGGAAAAAUUGAUGCCAGCAAAACCUGUAAACAACUCUAUGAGUCUUUGAUGGAAGCUCAUGCUAGCAGGGAAAAAGUAAUAAAAAACUGCAUAGCCCAGACAUCAGCAGUAGUAAAGGCCCUUCAAGAACGGAGAGAGAAGGACUCAAAUGAUUUAACAUUAUUAAAGCAAAUUAGAAAAGAGCAGACAAAGUUGAAAUGGAUGCAGUCAGAACUGAAUGUUGAAGAAGUAGUAAAUGACCGAAGCUGGAAGGUAUUUAAUGAACGCUGCAGAGUUCACUUCAAGCCUCCAAAGAAGGAAUAAAGAAAGAAGGCUAUUUCUAAAGGAGAUAGUCAUACCUAAAAGCUGAGCAAGACAGACACAGGAAGGGCAGGCUGCUUAGAAGGAUGAUUUCUGAGCCAACAGACCAAGACCUUUUGUUGAUUUCAGGCCCACUUCACUAAGACCUCAAAUAUAAAUAAUUCUAAUAAUUAUGGAGAAAUCAACUGCUAUUUUAUACUGAAUCUGUGAAAAAAAUGUUUUGUAACUAUUAAAAUAAUUUUCAG